AUGCGAGUCCCACUAUCAUAUGAACACCAAAUCCAGCUGGUCCUAAUAGCUUCUGCAUUGAUAAUUCUCCUACUGCCUGUCAAUUCCGCUGCACCCAUCGAGACUGACUUGAAAGAAAAUCAGGAUCAAUCUGACAUAGAAACUUACUUACUUCGCCACUUAUCAAAAGCAGUAAUCGACGCACUUAAAGUUCUCAAGACCGUAAUUUUCGCUUAUAUUGCUCAUGUCAUGACAGUUCGCUCUGAUCCUAGCACGACCUUGCUACCAAACAUUUAUAAACGACUUUCAGCAUUGGCCUGGCCCACUGGCAGUGUUUAUGAAUCAUUUGGUGUAAUCGUUAAAUUAAGAAGUUCAAAUAAAUGGUUUUAUCCUAACGGUACCUCUAGAGAUACUUGUGAUCCUAUCAUAGCAUAUUCGAGCCUACCCACCCUAAAUAGCAAUAACCGGAUCAGCUCAACGACGCCCUUUAUCCCAUCACAAAGAGAAAUAUCUCCAUUUGAUGUUAACCCUGGACUUGAAAGUACAAGGAUGAACCAAUACGAUAACAUUGAAUAUCUAAAAAAUACAUUGGACAAAAUGGGCCCGAAGAAAGCCAAGCGCGUCAAAGUCUGUAUUUUUAAUGGCAGCCUAUACAUUGAUACCAACACACUAUUGAUUUCAAAAAACGGAACCAAUUUGCGGCUCAAAACUGCUGACAUGACAAUAUGUGGUUUAGGAGUAAACUGUACAUACCAGCUACCUGUUCAUCCAAGUUACGUGCGCUACUUUUCCAAGUCAAUGAUUGAUGAGCUUGAACUAUCUUCCUAUAUACAAAAACGUGCUUCCUUCAAGACCUUCAUUGCUUUUCUUCAGCUCGCCUAUACCGUUUAUGAAUCUGCAUAUAGUAUCAGAGGCGUGGUAGAAUUCCAAAAUACAUACGAGGAUUUGAAGGCUGAAGAAAAAGAAUAUUCUCAUUUUUUUGCGACAUUUUUUGUUCGUGUGUUUCCCGGUAUACCGAAAAAAAUAUUUACCGAUCGAGAAUGCAUUGCCUACGACAUAUUGUGCAAAGUUGGAAUAAAGCAAAAGGACGUUUAUGCUUUGGCCAACCCUUCCAAAACAGCCGAGAUAUUGAAUAGAGUCCAGUACCCUGACUGGUGGGAAGCUGUUGUUAUUCUUGGUAGCACAUUUAUUUGGAUAAUGCUUGGAUUUUGGCCAGGAUUUAUGACUGGAACAAUUACCGAAGUACUUGUCUUAAUUUGGAUCUUUGCUGGAUUUCUAUUUCUUAUUCUUCGUAUCUUCUUGUUUGAUCCAAGCUACCUUAUUGGCUGGAAAUUAUAUUUUUUUCUACGGUUUUUUUGCUGUUGCCAGGCAUCAGUCUUGUUCUUGCUGCCACAAUCUAUGGUUACGUUUUUGGAACUCAAAUAG